AUGGCCCCUACUUCGACAAACGGGGGUGUAAUCACAAGUAUUGUCAUUACGUCGAUAAUUCUCUUGUUCGUUUACAUGUAUUAUCUCGGGCGCAUCACUGUUGCUCAUCAGGAAGCUGCGAUCGGACAGCAACGACGACGCCGACGUCGACGCCAGCAGCAAAGAACAAACCAGGCACAGUUUUACGAUGUCGCUCUCAUCCAACUUCCGGUGGCCCCCCAUUACCCAAGCGAGAACAUCGUUUAUACUUACUCUCCAUUCAUAUACCACCCCAAUGGCCAAAUCAACAACUUGCAGAGUCAGGCCACCCGAAUCCUAACUCCCGAACAGCCCAUUCCAGCUGUCACACCUCUCCAUGUCGCUGCUUAUGCUGGUUAUCCCAUGGCCCAUAUUCAGGGUCAACACGACAACUUCCCGGCGAACCAACGACCGGUUUCUAUCUUGACAUCAACUCCCUCAGAGAACAUUACAGGGCAUCAAGCAGACUGGUGGGGACGCUUGCGUCGAGUUAUCGGGCUGCCUUUAGGCAGAGCCUCGACCAUUGCUACUGAGUCCAUCCCUACUACUCCCGUAAUUCCACCACAUGGGCAAAACUGUUCCCAAGGAGAACCAAGACUCGGUCGACUGGGGUCUGAAUGCACCAGACUAAGCCAGUCAACGCAUUUCGAGCCCGAGUACACUCUCAACGCUGGCAACUCAAAUGCAAGUCCUCAACCUCGAGACAACGCGAGACGUGAGGCUACAACAAUCCAGUCACCUCCUUCCGCCGUUGCUACCGUUCAUAGUGAUGACUUUGAUGUCGUCUGA